AUGUGUGUGUACAGGCAGGUAGGCUUCGUAGCCACGACAUUGGCAAUGGAGGAUGCGCCUGCUGGACACGAUGCCCACAAGUAUGUAGCUAAAAGUGGCGAGCUGCGCGCAAUUAUCAAAAAGUCUUCUCCUUUGCUCCAGAGCAAAAAAUUGCCGAUUACUUCUUUCCAGAUAAGCAAGGCGCAGGCAGGAAGUCUGGAAGAGGCUCUGCGAAUAUGCAGGCUAUGCUAUGUCCGCUUGAAGGAUGGCGAGGAUGGCAUGUCGAUGGACGACGUGAGAGAUCUCAAGAAGCAGAUGCUUGGACUGCCGAUCCGGCCGACCAGGAAAAGGCCAGCUGCUCAAGCAGCUCGGGACGGAGAUGCCGAUUUGCAUGAGGUCAAAGCAGAGCCGGUGAGACCACGGAAGGCAGUGACCCAAGCUGUCUUCAAACGGCCUUCCGAGGGGGAGGAAGUGCUCGCCAGGGCAGUUGUACAGGAUUUCGAUGAGGCUCGAGUCUCUCCUGACGAGAUGGGCAUCGACAGUGGCUUCAAAAGUCGUCUCGGCCUGCCUAUGGACAGCCCUGUUCGCCCGGAGCUUCGUCCAAAGUACGAGUUCGUUAUUGCCACAGGCGAGAGCUGCGAUGGUGCCAGAAAGUUUUCCCACGCAUUUCGCGAUGCCAAGCCACUGCAGAGCUGGGGUCACGAGAGACACUGUGACUUGUGCAACCAAAAAUGCAAAAUCAAUCUGUUUUUGCUGCGCUGCUUUGAUCGAACUUCCAGGCCAUUCCGUUUGCACAAGGCAUUGAUCUACGCUGGGCCGGAGUGCAGCAAAGCUUUGCUUCGAGAAAAGCGGAGGUCGUAUGCGCAGGACAUGCGCGACUUGCAGCAAAAGUUGCGGGGCAUCCUCACCAGGGAGACUUGGAGAGAGGAAGUGCAGUCCAUCAUCGACGGCGGCAAGUAUUUGGACUUCGUGUUGAAAGCGCUGCAAGCAGUCUUGGGCAUGGAUAAACGUGACAAGCUGGCCAGUCGACAAGAUGCAGGAAGACGCGAUCCAAUUUGUAGAAGAUCAGAUCCGGUGCUGACCCGUGCGACGAAGCCCUUGGCAUUCGGUGCUCUGGAGUCUCGGUUGAAGCCGCAAGCCCUGAAAGUGCAGCGGUCCGGCUCUAUGUGGACAGCCUUCGCGCGAGCCUUGAGGCAAGGGGGAAAGCUUACCCAGCUGGCUACGCGGAUCAGGGCACUUUGCGGCCCCGCUCCACCAGAAGCAGAUGAAGAGCAGAGGCUGAAGGACUUCCUGGCCAAGAUCUCUUGCAACGCCCAGGUGUGGGAUGCCGAUGAAGCCAAAGACCGUUGCUUGUCGAACUGCACGGCUCCGAUCGCCACUUUGCAGUUGUGCUGCAUCUACGGCCAGUUCCACGGGGCCGGGGUGGGACUGACUGCAGCGGAGCUGACCGCGAUCAAGACCCAGGUCCCGGAGCUUUUCGAAGAGGUUGUGAGGUCUCCUGAGUCCGAUGAUGCCCAGGCCCAGGUGCUUCCGGUUGAACCCGAGUCAGACACCGCGCACUCUGUGCACAGCAGUGACUCCGAGCAGCCGAGAUCUCCGAAACCUGCGGAGCUUCGCAACCCCGAGGAGCUGGGCCCACCUGUGUCUGAGCUGAAGCGCCGUGCUGAUGUGGCCGCUGCUCUUUUGGGGGAGGCCGUGCAGGCAAGUGCACCCCGGCUUGAACCCGCCCCGGCCCAAGCGAGAGCUGAGGCAUCUGAGGCAAGCGCCGCACCAAGGCAUGCUCUUGGCCCCCCGCACUCUCCCAGCCCUCAGCUGCAAAGGGCAAGUGGAGAGGCAACCGCAGCCGCCGAAGGUCCAAGCUCAGCGCCCAGCACGGCUCGAGGAGCUGCAGUGGGCCAUGCACGCCAAGGGAGCUCGGUUGACAGGGACCGCAAUAAGAGGAGGACCAUGGAGGACACUGUCGACAUCCCGACUUGCCGUCGCGGCCGUCUGCUGGGCACAAACGGCUCAAACGUGAAAGAGCUCCAGGACAGGUAUGGCGUGACCAUCACCACGCCAAAAGUUUAUGACACCGACCCUUGGUCCAGGACGACCGUAACAGUCCGAGGCCAUGACGAAAACGUCGAUGCCGUUGUGGCUCUCAUCCGACGCCGCCAUCAUCAGGAGAGUGUGAUCUUCCCUUCAAUUAAAAGCUUUCAGGAUGAGAUUGGAGAAACAAGCUUGAACGACCUGGCAAGGAGGCAUGCUGUAAGGACAAAGUGGUACCCCGACAAGCUCCAAGUGGUGAUCGUUGGUGAGCUCGCUGCCGCACGACGCGUGGCACAGCAGCUGCAGAUCAAGCAAGAGAGCAUUCAGAUCUCGCCGAAAUUCAUGCGUGAUUACGAGCGUGAUCUGCAUCCCAAGCUUAGAGCCUCACUCAAGAAGUCAACGUUUGAUGCGUCUGAUGGUGUCAUCCGCUUUAUGGGGAAGGCCGAGGCUGUGGAUGCUGCCCUGCAGAGAGUGAUCGACUGGACACGAGCUCGUGAACCGGCGAAAGAUAGAGACUUUGCGGAGAUCCUUCGGUCCUUCGCUCCUCACGAACGUGGUGCUAUCGGUGAGAUGUGGGACCAGCUUUGA